AUGGAGGUGCCCGAAGCCUUUGUGGAGGUGACUGUGCGUUCCAAUGAAGGGCAGUGUUCCCUUGUGGGUCGCCGUCAGAGAGUCUUGUACAAGAACGUCAUGCAGGAGAACAGUGUGGCUUCACUGGGAGGGCUUCCUGUUCGCUCAGCGGAGCUGCUCACCCGCUUGGAACGCGGGGAAGAGGCCUGGGUCCCAGAUCUCCAGAGCUCUGAUGAGAGUGCCGACGAGGGACCUGUUAAACCAACCCUGAAACGGCUACCAAAGGGAGGGAUGUGGUGGGGUAGAUACAGAAGCCCUGUUACAUACCCAAGUUCAGACUCCUCCAACUCAGAUGGUGAAUUAGAGAGUGAAGCGGAAGAAGAAAAACAUCAGCGUGGAGGCCAGAGGCUAAUAAUUCUUCACCGAAAUCUGUUGGUCAGUUCUAGGGGGAAUGGCCUCCAGAACCCCAAGGUGAGAGACACCAGUAAAAAUGGGCCCCAGUUGAAGAAACACAGUGAGGGAGCCACCACAGAAAGGCCUACCCUGGGGGACCGUCGGAGCACCUGCCCUGACUGCGGCCAGACCUUCAAGUCCAAAUUAUCUCUUUCGAAUCACCAGAGGAAGCACACCAGAGAGAGACCCUAUAAAUGCUCUCGCUGUGGAGAAAAGUUCGUGGCCAAAAAAGUUCUUGCUGCUCAUCAGAUGAGUCAUGCAGAAGAAAAGGGUUAUAAGCAUCCCAGCAGUAUGAAAAUCACUAUGAAGCUUCAAACAGUCCUUCCAGAAAACAGACCCUAUAAAUGUACUCAGUGUGAGAAGAGUUUUAAGGUGAAGGAUCACCUUGUACAACAUGAAAAGAUUCACAGCAAAGAGAGGCCCCAUAAAUGUCCCAGCUGUGGGAAAGGCUUCGUUCGAAAGGAACAUCUUACCAGACACCAGGAAAUCCACAGAAGACAGGAAAACAAUACAUUUCCUAAAACUGUAAAACUAGCAAGGACGAACCUGGACGAACCUGUUGCUCCUAAAAAGAAGCCUUCUGUAGUCCUUGAGAAAACAGUCGCAUUGAACACCAGACACCAGAAGUUCUCCAUAAAUCGUUUCAAAUGCCGAUUUUGUGGAAGGUGUUUACGGGCCAAAACUUUGCUUGUUGACCAUGAGAGAAGUCAUAGGGAAAAGAGGCGCUAUAAAUGCUCCCACUGUAAUAAAAGCUUUUAUCAUAAGAACAAUUUUCAGCGACACAAGAACAUCCACUUGAGAAGGCAGCCAGAUUGUAAACCUUCCAAGAGGAUGAAACAGCUUAGUGCAAAGAGUUGCCCUUCUGAUUCUGGAAAUUUCCACACUUCAGAAGAUCCUUCUAAAACCUCUAUUGACAGGAAAAUCAUCACUCGCAGCUUUAACCGUGCACAGCACCUCAAACUCCUGACCAAGAAAAAGGUCUUUAAAUGUCAGUAUUGUGGGAAAUGUGUGAGCACAAGUAGUUCUCUUGUCAAUCAUGAGAGAAUCCACAGAGGAAAGAAACCAUACAAAUGCCAGGAUUGUGAGGAGAGUUUUCAUCAAAAACACCACCUUGAUAGACACCUGGUAACUCACACACGUCGGAAACCCUCGAAGCAUAGCAAGAACCUGAGAGGAUUGAAUGUGAAGAGUUCCCCUCCUGUCCGUGGAAAAAUCAACACUGGGCUGAAACCUUACAAGGGCUUGAUCAAUGAACAUAUUGUCACUCGCAACUCACAUUUCACCAGGCAACUAAAAAUCCACACCGAGGACAAACUCUAUAAAUGUCAGUUUUGUGGGAAAGUCAAGCGAACCAAGAAUUCACUUCUCAGUCAUGAGAGAAACCACAAAGGAGCAAAGCCGUACAUCUGUCUGGAGUGUGGGAAAAGAUUCUCUCAAAAGAACUAUCUUGGAUGCCACCAGAGGAGCCACAUGAGAAAAAAGCCUGAUGAAUGCUUGGACAAAAAUUUGACCGCGGAAAAUGCCUCCCUCAGUUGUGGGAGUCCUCAGGAAACAAAUUUGCCAUACUUAUGCCUGAAAUGUGGGAAGAGUUUUGAUGAGAAGUAUUACCUCAGCAGACAUGAAAGGAUCCACACUGGGACAAAGCCCUUCAAAUGUGCCACAUGUGGGAAAGGUUUCAUUCAGAACUGGCAUCUGAAGAGACAUGAGCAAACCCAUCUGAAAGAAAGAGACCACAAACAGCCUGCUGAAUCUGAGGAAAACCAGUUAUUUUCCACAACCAAUAAUGGAAUAUCCUCUGAAAAGAAGGAUCCGAGGGAUCCACCUGUAAAUGUCAAUGAGCAGACGACAUCAGGAAUAGGAGAAAGAAAUGCUACGCCAGAUCUGAAGGUGGCCGAAACAGAACUACUGGCAGUGCUUGAAGGAUGCGAGGUGGGCCUUUCUAAUGGUAUUGAGCAAGGAGACAUGACCAUUGAAGCGGAAAUAAAUCAUCAGGCAUUGUCUAGAAAAAACAAAAGGAAACAGCAGAAUCAGAGGGAGGCAGAAGGCUCUAUUAACCAGUUACUGAAAAGAAGGAGCGAGCGAGCGAGAAAUAAGCAUAAUAAACCAAGUAAAAAUGAUCUCAGCCAGCGGGUUCGGCAAACAAAGCGUUCUAAAAAGAAUAGCCUCCAGCACCUAAAGAAGGAGAAGGUCCAUGCUGGUUGGCCAUUGGGAUUGCAGGCAAACGCAGUAAGAAAAUCUAAAAGAGAGACACAACUGGUUGGUAAGCGGUCCAGAUCUUGCUUCUGUCAGCAAGAGGAACCAGAAAUGACACCAGGAAGCAAAUACAAAAACUCCCAGACCUGCAGGAAGGAAAUCAGUCAUCAAAAGGAGCAACAGGCAAACGUUUCCUCAGAUAUGUCUAAAAGAACCCUAAAAAGUUGUAAGCCAAGAAAAGCCUUCCUCGGCCAGCAAUACCAGAAAAUGUUUUCGGGAGAAUCCAAAAUGGAGGCCGCUGAAAGUCCUGUGGGAGGGGCCUCUGCAUGUGCAGAGCAACAAACAGAACAGCAGAAAGUGCGGAGGAAGAAAGUGCGUGGUAACUCUCAGAACUGCGUAGAAGAAUCGGAGGCAGUUGACAACAGAAAGCGCCAAGCAUUACGAAGGCUUCCCAAAAGCAACCCUGAGAAGAGCUGCCAACGAAUGCAAGCAAUAAAUGAGCUUAAAAGUACUGCUCUUCAGGGUUUGGGAACGGCUUCUGCCAACUGGCAGCCGGAAGCACAACUAACAUCCUUAAAAACUGUGGAAAAACUUCCUCCACAGAGUUGCAAGAAGGCUCAAACCUCUGACGACCAGCAAGAAAAAACAAUGGAGAAAGAACCUGAAACCAGUGCUUCUGAGAAAGAAAUUGCUGUUCGUCAUCGUAGACCAGAAAAACGGCAGUUUAAGCAUGUAUGCAAAAAAUGUAACAAGUCCUUUAGGAGUAAAGCCAACCUUGUGAUACACGGGAAGAACCACACUGGCCACAGACCCUUCCAGUGCACUCAGUGUGAGAAAAGCUUCUAUGCUUUACCAACCCUGAACAUUCACAUGCGAAUCCACACUGGAGAAAAGCCGUACCAAUGUUCCGAGUGCUCCUUUCGCUGUAAUGUGAGCUCUAACCUUAGCAGGCACAAGAAAACCCACACGCGAGUGAGGCCCCACGCCUGCCAUCUCUGUGAGAAACGCUUCUGGUUCAGCCACAGCCUCUUCAUUCACCUGAAAGACCAUUUGGAGGAGGAGCCCUACAAGUGUUCUGAUUGUGGCCGAGUUUUCACGCAGGAGAACUUCCUCAAGCUGCACAGAAGAUUCAAGCACAGCUCAGAAGUGGUCGAAGGGCCAGAGGAGGAGCAACGCCUCCAUUCCCCUGGAGAUUUCAGCUUGUGUGAGGAUUCCCAGGGUGCAUGCUCAGAGCAGCAAAGCAAAUGA